CGCUGAUGCAGGCGCGGAACGCCAAGCAGCCAUCAUUGAUGUGGCGCUAGCGUGCAGCUGCACGAGCAGCGCCGGCUGGCGGAGCGCCGCGAGAGGGCGGGUCAGACGCCAGCGCCAGGUACAGGUGACGUGUGGGGAGGAGCGUCACUUCCUUUCAGCUCCAACGUCGUCAGCUGCGACUCGCCAACGUCGCAACACACUGACGGAGUGGGUGACCGAGGACGAGUCUGAGAGCUGGAGACUAACAGCCCUCCACAUGGAGUCUGGAGUAGUGACGUCAAUGCCGGCGUGACAGUGGGCGAGGAGGUGGUGACGUUCAAUCACGAGGAAACUGAUCGGCAUGCUGGCCACGGUUCACUGACUGUUAGCCCUCUCAGCAGUUUCUUGACGUUGAGGACGUCAGGGAAACGUUCAAUCGAAGGGAAAAAAACCCUCCGGUUCGCCGUGGAUUCAAGGGAAACCAGAGACUGCACGUGACGCCUGCACGUGCUCUGCCUCCUCAAUGCUCGUGCUUGUUUCGCUGAGAUUUGUCUGUGCUUUGUCUUCAUACCUUCUCUCAUUCUACGCACGAAGCUGUAAUCCACUAGCUUCCACUCCCCCACCCAGUCAUCCCCCUUCGGCAUCACGGCCCACGUAACUAACCGUAACUGAGUACAAAACAUUUUAAGAUCAGCGCCGUUGCCUCCGUUUCCGUUCCACCCAACCUUGGUCUCCUUUCCAAUGUUCCCCAUCUCCAUCACUCAUGCAUGCAGUGAGCAGUGAACGCUCCGUGCCUGAGGGACCUGCCAGGUAACAGAUAAUGACCGUUGUCUAGGUGCACGCUUUGUCAACCGUAAAACAAAGCGCCAAAACCCUUAGGAAGCUUUCUGUGCUCGAACCACUGUCACCCGGAAAUCGAUGAGUCAGAUCGGAGCUUUGUGAUAGAGGAGGCAGAGUUGUUUGCUGACAGACCAGCCGAGCACGCAAACACUCGUCACUGCCCCGCUCCCCCCUUCACCCGACAUGUCUGCGACAAGUGAAGCAACAUUGAUGCCAUGGCGUGUGAACUGCUUGGAACCGUGAUCACUGCAAAUGUUUGGUCUACUAAGAUGUAUUACCCGUCAUGCAACAUUCCUUUUGUAGUGACAUCGAUGCCAGGUGUCCUGUCUGAGGGUGACAGAGGACAGCAUUGGUCAUAAGGAGGCAAGUGCUGAUGACCGGGAAGCAAGUGUUGGUUACAAGGAGGUGAGUGCUGGUCACCCUGUUAGUCCUUCACCACAAGCCUGAUGUAACAUCAGACACUUCCAUCAAACACAUACCUUCCUCACUGUUCGAUGACAGGUAAAAACAGUUUCGCAUGACAGACACGUGAUCACAAAGAGUGAAAUGAGGUCGACUUUAGUCACGUGUUCAUUACUGUGUCAACUGGUCAAAGUCCAGACGGUCCAACACGCGAACCAUUGAGGUUAGUCGUGAAACUGUUUAGGACCAAUUUUCAAAGACUGAUUCCAGAUUACGAUCAACGUUUGUGUCAACCUCGCCCCAGAGAAACAGACCGUUGCUAUUAAGUGACAGUGACGACAGCAUGGACCCCAGCAGCAGCAGCGGAGGGGGCGGCAGCGCCAAGGACACCACCAGCACUGGUCUCAACAUCAAAGCCAAUGGUCGAACAAUGAAGCCACAGGGUUCCCGGGAGCGCAUCUCAAACCGAUCAGGCGAGUGCGCACAUGUCGGGGACAGCUGCCACAACAAGAAACGCUUGAUACUGGGGCAGCAGCCUCAUCCUGACGUUUGUCCACCGUUCACUUCCGGUACGCAGGUCUCGGACCACCUUUCCGUGUUCACAGAGGAAGAGUGGGGCAGCGAGGAUGGGGGACAGACAAGCGGCGCGUGCAACCCCCAGUGUGGCCCCAGCCCACCCAGCCCCCCUACCUACCAAUCUCUGGCUCAGAUGAGCAUCAGUCCCUACCGACACAAGCGAACCACGUCGCUUAAAAAACCCCGCAAGGCGGCGCUGGACAACAUGGAGGCGGACGAGAUGCGCCCCCGCACCAGCAGUCUCCCAACCCGCAACAACAUCCGGCGCCCCAACCUGCAGUACCUGUCCCCGCCACACUUCGGCUCGUGCCGAGACGACCAGGAGGAGUUCUACACCCUGCGCUCCUUCGUCACCACCAGCAAGGGCGUGCUCAUCAACAGGGGGGACUCGCUCCGCUCGCGCAGCACCAACAGUGUCCUGUCCUCCGGCAGCGGCAGCAUCACGGAGCUGACGCAAGUGUCCCUGAACUCCUCGCAGGGGUCCUUGUCUCAGGGCAGUGGCGGCAACAGCGGCGACCCGGACUCCCCCGCCACCAUCGUGCCCUACAGGGUCCUGAUGCUGGGCAGCCCGGGGGUGGGCAAGUCCUCGCUGACGGAACAGUUCUCCACCUCCGAGUACCUGGGAACAUUCGGCGCCAGCAUAGAUUCCUACAGAGAGAAGAGCAUAUCAGUGCUAAUUGAUGGCGAGCAGAGCAGCGUGAAUGUCAUAGACCCCAUGGACGACAUGAUGAGUCCUGGUGCUAGCAGUAUAGACAUGGGCGCCAUCGAUGACACGGCGGACGGUUUUCUCGUCCUGUUCGCCAUCGACCACCGCAGCACCUUCUCGCACGCCACUGACCUCCUGUAUGACCUCCGCAAAGUGCGCGCCGUGGACCGCGCCGUCAUCCUCGUGGCCAACAAGUGUGACCUGGUCAGGUCACGUGAGGUCUCUACCGAAGAGGCCAAGAGCGUGGCGGCGACAUACGACUGUAAGUACAUCGAGACCUCGGCAGUCCUCAACCACAACGUGGACGAGCUGCUGGUGGGUGUCGUCACCCAGAUGCGCCUGGUGUCCGCCAGCAGACGGCGUAAAGGGCGCCACGGUCACCCUGACGACCCGGGGUGCUACUCGCGCAGCAAGCAGCUACUCAACAAACUCUUCCGGAAGUACCCCAUCUCCAAGUCCUGCGAGAAUUUGUACGUGCUUUGACGAGUCUGGUCCCCGGCGCGUGGGACGUCAGCUGACUGUCCUUAGCUCCUCUCAUCAUCUACCCAUCUUCUUAUGUUCUUUUUGAAUGGGGAAAAGGAUAAGGGUCGAACUUGUUCUUGUUUUGUUAUAUUUUGAUUGUCCGUUCUCUCACACUUCAGAGUAACUACGAGGUCAUUCAACUAAUCCCUUUCAAUAAGAAGCAAAUGUAACAGGGUAUGUUGGUCACUCGGGGUCUGUCACGCAGCUUUUAGCUGUUCUCGCGAGGUCACAGCAAGCGUAUCUCCAUGACAACCUCCUCCGCCCUCGCCUGAGUGGAUCAAGGCCCACAACACCUACAAACUCUAUUAGCAAAUCGCCAAGAAGCCGCCAAGAAAAUACUUCUGUCCCUCCUGUCUGCGGGGCGCUUUCACUGAUGCUGACUACAUGCGACUGGUGCUUGUGACAGUUGUGUGGUGGUGAUGGUGACUGUGAUAGUCGUGUGAUGGUGAUGAACUGGUGACUGUGACAGUCGUGUGGUGGACAUGUGUGCUCCAAACAGGAGGACAUUUUCGGGACUGUCUGACUUUGCGCAGAUCGAGCUUCACUUGCUUUCUGUGAAGAUAUGCUCAUAUACAAAAGUCUUUGUAUGUAUACUUCUGUGGAGAUAUUUUGAUGGGUUAUAUUUGUACAUGUAGACACAUAUACACAUUUACACAUGUCUGAAGCUCUUCCCUCAUACACAACCUUCUUUCUCUCUCUCACACGCACAUUCUUUCUUAUAGAAUAUAGACACAGAUAAAUACACAUACUGAAAUUUUAUCUUUUAAAGCUUUAGUAAAGGCUGUGAAGCGGUGAUAAUCCUGUGGCGACGUUCAAAAAAAAAAAAAGUUUGAAAAUUAUAUUUAGUUACGAUUGCAGCUCACGAGAGCAAUACAGAAGAAAUAAAUGAUUCUUUCCUCACUUCAUUAACACUAGCUCGGUUGCCAAUUAAAAAAAAAAAUCAAAAAUUCCAGUGACAUCGACUGUUGUCGCCGAGUAACCGCGAUAUCUUCCCCGGACGGUUAGCAGCCGAACUUGCGUGUGACGUCAGAAAGGGAGAGGAAGUGUCGGUCAUUGCUAGGAUUUGAACUCAAGUGGUGUGUCGUUAGUUGGAUUAGUGAUAUAUAUCAGUGAUAACCAUCAAGAUGUCUAUGAGCAAUGUCCAACCAUAUCAUUGCAUCAGCUGACUCUGGGAUCGUGUUGAUGUCAUCGGAGGAGAGACUUCACUGAAGCAAACGAGUCCUGUGAAAUUUCUCUUAUUAAACACAACAUCCUAGAAAAUAUUAAACUUUUUCUACAUGAACAGAUACAAAAAUAGACGAAAUUCAAACUAAUCCUUGCGGCCCCAUGCUCUACUUGGGGUGACUAGGAGCAAGAAGAAGAACAACUGAUCCUACUCUUUACGAGAUUCUAAGCAGUUUUACUUUGCCUGUAAAAUCCCUUUAAUCCGAUUUUCACUUUGCGGUACACAUUGUGAAACUCGGUUAGUCAGUCAGUCCACGGACAGGUAUAGGUGGACUGCUGUCUGCCGAGACCAACGCUUAGUAUCUUGCUAAGUUCUUCGCUGUCAGUCUCGGCGAGCCUAAACAAUAAAUGUGACUAAACCGGAAGCUUUGUAUACGUUUCAGUAAAUAUGACACGUGGCUAAACCGGAAGCUUUGUACAUACCAGCCUCGUUUUAGCAGUUACCUAAAAAAAAAUCGUCUGGAAAAAAGCAGUCCAGUGAUACAAAUUCGUGAU